AAGUCACCAUCUUUAAUUUGCGCGGGUCCAAGUUCCCAACUAACCUAUACGGGUGUGUCACCAACUUCUAUAAUCGCUUCUAUACAGGCAGUACACACAGUCACACACAUUUGUAAUACGCAGAUAUAGUCUAAUUACAACAGUCAAUCAGUCUCAACUUCCCAAACAAGCUUCUCCUCUCUCACACACACAUACACACAGAUUCUUAUUGUCUGAAAGUUGAUAUUGCUAAUUAAAAUGGUGGCGAUUCGGCUGCAAUGAGAGAUGGGUAAGGCAACCAAAUGGUUCCGGUCACUUUUAGGGGCCAAAAAGUCGUCGGACUCGCAGCCGGCGUCUAGUGGGUCAGAUUCCCGGCAGGCGAAGGAGAAGAAGAAAUUGGGUUUCAUCAGAUCCUUUAACGGCAAUAAACUUAGCGUUGGGACCAGAGGUUCCUCUGGUGAGGCUUCUUCUUAUGUGGACGCGAACAAGCACGCGAUAGCCGUGGCGGCAGCGACUGCGGCUGUGGCAGAAGCUGCUCUUGCGGCGGCGCACGCGGCGGCGGAGGUUGUGAGGCUGACGAGCGGUGGGAAUAGGGCCACCGCGGCGUAUGUCAGCGGGCGGCGGGAAUCGGCGGCUGUGAAGAUUCAGUCGGCGUUCCGAGCUUAUCUGGCUAGGAGGGCCCUGCGGGCACUGAAGGGCUUGGUGAAACUUCAGGCCUUGGUCAGAGGCCACAUUGUGAGAAAGAACAGUACAAAUAUGCUCCGACGAAUGCAGGCAAUGGCCCGGAUCCAAGCCCGAGUCUGUGCCAAUCGGGCUUACAUGUCAGAUUCCUCAUACUCUAAUAGCAAGUCCUCCCAAUCCCACCACCCUGGCCAUUUUCGCGAAAAACAUGACCACCAACUUCGUGAAUAUAGCACCAAACUAGACCGAUCUGCAAUCCUGAAGAGAUGUAGUUCAAAAUCUAACAUCAAGAACCCGGUCAACCUCGAAAGGAAGUAUCCGAAUCCCAAUUGGUUAGACCAUUGGAUGGAAGAAUGUACAUGGAAUAAUCAUCGAGACAUUUCAUCUAAAGCUGAUGAUGAGAAGAGUGACAAGAUACUUGAAGUAGAUACUUGCAAGCCUCUCUUCAACUCUGUUCGAAGUAACAAAACCUUUCAAACACCAAAACCUCUUUCGGGUUGGAAUAACAACGAUCAGGGCUUCACAACAUUUGACUCUUUAUCAAGAAAAUUAACAAAACCUCUGGAACGAAAUCCAAGUUUAUCUUCUGGGGAAGUCUUGUCUUUAAGGUCCCGGAAUUUCCCUACCGAAGCAGAAGAGCAUCCGGUAUGGACUGCUGAGAACAGCCCACAAGUGUAUUCUGAAUUGUCUAGGCCGGGAAGUAGUGCCAGACGAGGUCCCUUCACCCCCGCGAGGAGUGAAUGCUCGCGAAGCCUUUUUGGUGGAUACUCUAGUCACCCGAAUUACAUGGCUAACACAGAGUCCUCCCGGGCUAAGGUCAGGUCCCAAAGUGCCCCUCGGCAAAGGGUGCAGUUUGGGGCACCUGGUUCAUGUUCAACUAAAAGUUUUCUUCAUAGUUCUUGCGACGUGGACACUCAAUCCGAGAGGGGUGUGGAUUUACAUGCUAAUUUCAGGACCAAAGCCUAUCCCGGCUCUGGCCGCACGCAUAGACUUGGGAUGCCAGUUCAAGGUGAUGUUGCCGGUCUUAAGCCCGUUCAUGGCGGUAAAUGCUAGAGUUGUGGUUGUACAUUUCCUAUGGUGGUUCGGAUGAGAUCUGAACAUGAUUAUCAACUUGUCCUUAAAAAGUUUUAACUUUUCAUCACUAAUGUAGAUAUUGAUUCGACCUUCUUUAAGUUCAAGAAUUGUGAAGCGAGUGUUCAUCUUCUUUUGUAGGAUUGUUUGUAAUGUGUGAUGCAAAUCAACUAUGGCCCAUUAAUGUUGUCACUUAAUUGUGCACUUGUCAUGUAUGUUGUCGAUACACCUUUGUGUUUUUCUUAAUCUAAAGCCAUUAAGGUUAGAAAACUCGAAAUCGCA